AUGAUUGAACUAACCGAGCAUCAACAUUAUUACUCUUAUGUCAUUGCCAACGAGUGUGGAAGAAUUGACGAAGCGUUGAACUUAUUCACGGAAAACGUCUUUGCACCGGAAAUGUAUUGGAUCGCUAUGCCUGAAAUGGGAAUUCUAGCUGCUUCAAGGUUUAAUGUCAUACUGCAUGUUCUCAGUCAUAGGGCAAGCAAUGUGACAUACUUACCAUUCAGGACACAACCGCCGCCAUUAUCCCAACACGUGUCAAUUGCAAUAGUGCAUGUUAAUGGUAACCAUUACAUAAAGGUGGUAUUAAACGGAGAAUACACAAUGCCCACACUCGUACAUCAUUGGCCACAUCAUCGGCUUCCAGAUGCAAGUACAUGGACUGUUCCAUACCAACGUAGAUUUGAUAUGUAUCAAGAAUAUAUAGAGAAUAUUUGUAAUCAAGAUUAUGCUAAUUUAGGUGACUAA